CGGUAUACGAUUCAGAUGCUAGAGCAUUAACUCGUGUGAAAAGUGGCCUAUCUGGGCGCCUUUUUUCCGGUCACGAAUGAAUGAUGUUCACACUAUCGCGGCUGCCCGAUGAAGAUGACCCGUCUCCGAAUGCUGGCAACGGUAGCAAUAGCAGCAGCAGCAACAGAAGCACUACUAGCAACGAUUCCAGUAGUAGCGUCACCAGUGGCCUUGACGCGGCCGGAACCUCGGUCGCCAGUCCAACUGCCUGGAAUCUUGAACUUGAUCUUCAAAUGAUUGAAGAAGAGAUGCAAGUGAUCGACACGAUCGAUCAGAGCUACUGGAACGGAAAAUUCGUUCCACCGCCACCACGACCGCCGUUUCUGGAAGAAACCAUUGCUCCCGAUGGGUUAACCACCUGUGACCUGUGUAGCUGGGCCUGGCAGGACAAAGGGACCCUUUCGCUGGAUGGAGCAAUUAAAGAAAUUUUCUCCCCACCUUCAGAUACCAAGGAGUUCAGCUGGACAUUCACACUGGUCGUAGUCUCACUUACAUCGGCCGUAAUCGGUGCCAUAAUUAUGAUAGUGUUUCUUAGGUGUAAAAGGAUACGAUCCAAUCAAAAUGGAAUACGGACUUUAUGCUUUGAUUCGAAUAGUGCAAAAGACACAACGGGGUUGAAUUUUGACAAUCAAACAUCAAAAAACUCCACCAACGGGUCUUGCAGUCCCCGAAGUACGAAUUCGGGACUUUGGACGUGGUUCAGCAGUCGAAAAAACUUAUCCACACCGGAACAGUUGGUUAAUUCACACACGUUGCCGGUAGAGAACCACUACACCCAUAUGGAUGAUAAUAACUAUAAUCCGGUUCAGAUAGACGAGGCGUCCUACGCCGAAGUAGGCAACGAGAUGGGUCCAUUCGAGACCAAUUCUUACAAGUCGAGCUCCGUGCAUCACGGAGGCGACAAUGACGUUCUUAUCAUGAACUGUCCACUGCCGGCCAUCCCAACCGGUUCCCACAGCGGGGGAGCUAGCGGUUCGGGUAGUGCGUACUACUCUGGUCUGCUCAACAGUGCAGAUAUGCCUGGCGACGAGGACGAAGACGAGAGACCGUAUGAGAUCGUCGAUCUGAAGGAGAUGUCUUCACCUCACAAAAGUCACAAUGUACAAAGUCAUUUUCUGAACGAAACUAACAAUUUGCUGACCAUUGAGAAGCACUCGGAAGGCUUACCGGAGGGAACAAUCUCAGCGUCCGAUUAUGUUUAAGUUUUAGCAUCGACUUGUCAAGAUAUUUUGAAGGCUUUAGCAUUUGUGUGUUGGGUGCUUGCGCUAUUUUGUUGUUUUCUGUUAUCAAACUUUAAAAUUUAGGAGCCAAGUUACAAAAUUUUGGCAGAAAAAUAGACAUUUUGGCUGGUAGUAUCUCCGGUUAUAAUAAAAAAUGCUUGUUACUGCACUAUUUAGUUGGAAAUAGAUCCAUCAAAUUGUUUUAACUUGCAAAGUCUGUUCGACUAGAAACGAUAAAGAAAUAAGUAUUUUCGUGAUCACUGCCCUGCCAGACAGAUCUACUGAACUAUUCCAAAAUUGUAGCGAGUUGAAAAAGCGUUAUUACUAUCUGGCACAAUCUAUGCAAACGUAUAUGAACAGCAUUACUAUUGUAAUCAUAAUGACAAAAUUAUACCAUGUACUAUAUUAAGAUUGAGCAUAUCGAUGCUUAUUGAUAUCUUUCUAUUGAAAACGCCCCAACAAUAGCAUCUGGACUGAAAUCCUCAAAAUACCGCUCGCACCCUUGUGCAUCUUUAGUUCAUAUUUAUAAGAUAAUACAAAACUCUCUAAAGUAGAUUUCUUCUAUUGUGCAUAAUUUUCUGUAGACGUGAGUAUUUAUUUCUUUGAAUAUUCAGUAGCAACUCGACGCUAGUUUAUUUAAGAAUAUUAGGAACGUGCAUCAAAAAUGGCCCUUACACAGACAAAGUCUAGGUUAAACAACAUUCCGUCACAAAUUUUGAACGACCCUCCUUCUACCCCUGACGUAGAAUUGUGUGAUCCUCUGUAGCCUUAGUAACACUUAGAUUAGUAGAGAAAUUGUAUUUAAAUGUGAAACAUUUUGAUAUUAUACACCAUUUUGGAAAGAAAAACAAAAAACAACGAGCUCGAACCACCAGACGUUCACAAUUCAAACAGUAGAGAUUUUAGACAUUUUUUACAUUUAUUCAAAAGUAAUAAAUGAACCUUGUACAACCUAGUCGUAAGUCGUAACGAACAACUUUGUAUGGUAUUUUGCAGCCGCUCCCAGCCCGACCCAUCCGAUACUCUGUAUACUAGCGUUAAGAACCAGUCAAACAUAUUGUGCUUAAAAAAGAACCCCAGUUCAGAACUGAACCGCAAAAUCCAGCCAAUAUUAGCCGCACGUAAUCAUGUGCCGUUUUGAGUUUUAAAAACAUUGAGCAAAAAGCUUUUUGAAAGCUAC